GUGCACCGGCAAGCCAGGCUAAGGAGUCGAUCGAGCUCGCCGCACGUACGAAGAGAGAAACCAUCAGCAAGCUAAGCUAGCUAGAGUAGAGCUAUGGGGAGUGUGGCAGAGGAGAGGGCUCUCGGCUACGGCGGCCUGGUGAGCGACCUGAGGGAUGUGUACGAGAGCGGCAGGACCCGGGACCUGGAGUGGAGGCAGUCGCAGCUCAAGGAGCUCGUCAGGCUCUUGCGGGAGAAGGAGGAGGAGAUCUUCGACGUGCUCCGCGAGGACCUCGGCAAGCACCGCGGCGAGUCCUUCAGAGAUGAGGUUGGGGUCCUGGCGAAGUCCGUCGAAGACAAGCUGCAAAACCUCAAGAAAUGGGCGGCUCCCGAGAAGGCUGACACGCCGUUGGUUGCCUUCCCGGCGACCGCAUUCGUGGUGCCGGAGCCGCUCGGGGUGGUGCUCAUCUUCUCCUGCUGGAAUCUCCCAAUAGGCUUAGUUCUGGAGCCACUCUCCGGUGCCUUAGCGGCGGGCAACGCCGUGGUCGUGAAGCCGUCCGAGCUCGCGCCGUCCACCGCCGCGUUCCUCGCGGCCACCAUACCGAAGUACCUGGACUCCAAGGCCGUGAAGGUCGUCGAGGGCGGCCCGGAGGUGGGGGAGAAGCUCAUGGAGCACAGAUGGGACAAGGUCCUCUUCACUGGCAGUAGCCGUGUGGGGCGCACUAUCAUGACGAAGGCCGCGAAGCACCUGACCCCGGUGGCUCUUGAGCUGGGCUCCAAGUGCCCGUGCAUCGUCGAUUGGCUGGAUAGCAACAGGGACAGCCAGGUAGCUGUGAAUCGAAUAAUCGGGGCGAAAUGGUCAACUUGUGCCGGCCAAGCUUGCAUUGCCAUCGAUUACAUGCUGGUCGAGGAGGAAUUUGCACCGAUUCUGAUCGAACUGCUCAAGUCAACGCUGAAGAGAUUCUUCACCAAACCAGAGUACAUGGCGCGCAUCCUGAACAAGCAGCAUUUCCAGAGGCUGAGUGACCUUCUGGAGGAUCCCAGGGUGGCGUCUUCCGUGGUGCACGGUGGAUAUUACGACCCCAAGACCCUGAGCGUCGAACCCACCAUUCUGCUGAAUCCUCCGCUUGACUCUGACAUCAUGACGGAGGAAAUAUUCGGCCCGCUGCUCCCGAUCAUCACGGUCAAGAAGAUCGAAGACAGCAUCACGUUCCUGAAAUCGAAGGCCAAACCACUGGCGAUCUACGCCUUCACCAGGAACGAGAAGCUGAAGCGCCGGAUCAUAGAUGAGACGUCGUCCGGGAGCGUCACAUUCAACGACGCGAUCGUGCAGUAUGGACUGGACAGCAUCCCAUUCGGUGGCGUGGGGCACAGCGGGUUCGGGCAGUACCACGGAAAGUACUCAUUCGAGAUGUUCAGCCACAAGAAGGCGGUGCUUAAGAGGAGCUUCCUCAUCGAAUUCAUGUUCAGAUACCCGCCGUGGGACGACAGCAAGAUCGGCAUGCUCAGGCACGUCUUCCGCUUCGACUAUGUCAACCUCUUCCUUGCGCUGCUCGGCGUGAGGAGAUGAAGAAGCCCCCACUCGCCAGCCAGCCGGAGGAAGACAUUAAGGAUCAUCACUGUCGGUUUAAAAAUUGUAUAAUGUCGGUUUUCGGUUCAAGAACCGACACGAUAUUUCUUAU